AUGGAGAAUGUGGUGGGUGUUGAGGAUGCAUUGCAAGCAAAUAUGAAGGAUAAGAAAUACCUUGAUAAGUUAUCCUUGAAUUGGAGUUGCGGGAUUAGUCAUGAUGCUAUACAAGAUGAUAUUCUCAACAGGCUAAUACAUCAUCCAAAUUUAAAAAAACUGUCCAUUCAACACUAUCCUGGUCUAACAUUUCCAGAUUGGCUUGGAGAUGGAUCAUUUUCAAAUCUCAUGUCCCUUCAGCUUUCGUAUUGUGGGAAUUACUUAAUAUUGCCGCCACUGGGGCAGCUACCUUGUCUUGAACAUAUAGAGAUCUUUGGAAUGAAAGGAGUAGUGACGGUGGGUAGUGAGUUUUAUGGGAAUUCUUCUUCCUCGCUUCAUCCCUUCUUCCCAUCCCUGCAAACUCUAUCAUUUUCCUCUAUGUCCAAUUGGGAGAAAUGGUUAUGUUGUGGAGGCAGACAUGGAGAAUUCCCUCGUCUCCAGAAGCUUUCUAUAUGGAGGUGUCCCAAAUUCACUGGGGAAUUACCAAUACACCUUCCUUCAUUGAAGGAACUUUCCCUUGGAAAUUGCCCACAACUGCUUGUGCCUACACUCAACGUUCCUGCUGCCAGUAGAUUUUUUCUUAGAUCCCUGUACAAAGUUGGUUUACCCACUACGUUGAAAUCACGAUCAAUCUCUGACUGUACCAAAGUGGACCUUCUUUUACCUGAGUUGUUCAGAUGCCAUCACCCAGUUCUCGAAAAUCUAUCAAUCAAUGGUAGUACCUGUGAUUCUCUCUCGCUGUCCUUCUCAAUAUUGGACAUCUUCCCCAGGUUGACUGAUUUCCAAAUAAAUGAUCUUAAGGGGCUGGAAGAGCUCUGCAUCUCGAUUUCAGAGGAGGAUCCCACAUCUCUUCGUAGAUUGAGAAUCGAAGGGUGCCCUAAUCUUGUAUACAUCCAACUGCCCGCUCUCGACUCGAUGUGCCAUGAGAUAUGCAAGAGCUCCAAGCUCAGAUUGCUGACGCACACCCAUUCAUCUCUGCAGAAACUACAUUUGCGUGGGAUUUUCAAAUUUGGUUCUACAACCAACUCACAUUCCAGGUGGACUGGGAUUUGCAAACACUGA